AAUACCUUUUUAUGGUUUUAGGAAAGUUUUUGCUUCACUUUUUCAGGAAAUUCUGAUAUUUUGAGAAUUGAAGGGGUUAUAACUUAUAAAUCUUGAAAUAUUUUUAGGGGGUGGAUUAAUGAGCUUAAUUUCUCAAUUGAGUUCAAUAUUUUAGGUUUUUUGUGUUUUUUAUUUAUUUUAAUCUCAGUUGCAUCUUUAAUAUAAAUAAUUUUUUUUUUUACUUUUUAUGUGGUCCUGUGCAUGUGAGUGGCAUUACUAGAUAAGCACCACAAUUUGUUUAUUUUUGCUUUGAUGUAAAGUAGAUGUAUUAGAUGAUGCUCUAGUUUUCCUUUUUGCAUUUUUUUUUAUAUUUCUUUAUUUAUUAUGGAAAGUUUUGUUUGUUGAUACAAGCUUAAUUUUUUGCUUUGCACACUCUUAUGAGUAGAUUGGUGUACCAUUAUCCGAUCGCGAUUUGUUGCAAUUUAGGACCACCUUGCACGUUGUACUUCAUCUCAGCUGUUGAUUUCAAAUCGAAUAGUUCAGAUCACACUGGUAAUUUUAUUGUGUGAAACGAUCUCGGUUGAUCUAAAUCAGACGGCUGGGAGCUGUAACUACGUGAAGCAGUUACAGCAGAGAAUCCAAUUUCAACAUUAUCCUACAAAUUAAUUUCUAGAGCUGUUAAGUGUAUUGUAGCGAAUGUCGUUUCGCAGUAUCGUUCGUGAUGUAAGGGACGGAUUUGGAAGCUUAUCAAGGAGGGGUUUUGAGGUAAGGCUUCCUGGCCAUGACAGGGGAAAGUCGAGUAAUUCGAUCCACGAGUCGAACGAGCAACCACGUGCAGUACAGAAUAGCCGGUGGGCUAGCCUUCCACCAGAGCUUCUCCGCGAUGUUAUUAAAAGAUUGGAAGAAAGUGAGAGUACAUGGCCGGCUCGUAAGCACGUGGUUGCUUGUGCUGGUGUGUGCAAAUCUUGGAGAGAUAUGUGCAAAGAAAUUGUUACCAAUCUUGACUCCACUGGGAUGAUUACUUUCCCCGUUUCGUUGAAGCAGCCUGGUUAUAGGGAUGGACCUAUCCAGUGUUUCAUAAAGAGAGACAAAUCUAAGUUAACUUACCGCCUAUUCCUUUGUCUUAGUCCUGCCUUGCUUGUUGAAAAUGGAAAGUUUCUUCUUUCUGCAAAACGUACAAGAAGAACAACUUGCACAGAGUACAUUAUAUCAAUGAAUGCAGAUAACAUAUCAAGGUCUAGCAGCACUUACAUAGGAAAACUAAGGUCAAAUUUUCUCGGCACCAAAUUUAUAAUUUACGAUACACAACCUCCCUACAACAACGCUCAGCUGUCUCCACCGGGCCGGAGCCGUAGGUUUAACUCAAAAAAAGUUUCUCCCAAAGUUCCUAGCGGUAGCUACAAUAUUGCCCAAAUCACCUAUGAGUUGAAUGUCAUUGGUACUCGAGGCCCGCGUAAGAUGAACUGCACAAUGUCCUCAAUCCCUACGUCAGCCCUCGAGCACGGUGGCACUGUCCCUGGCCAGCCAGAGCUCCUUCCCCGCAACCUUGAGGAUUCCUUCCGCAGCAUAUCGUUCUCAAGAUCAAUUGACAACUCGUCCGAGUUUGGCAGCUCUAGAUUCUCAGACAUACUCGCGACCAGCAAUGAUGAUGAACCAAAGGACAGACCCAUAAUUCUCAAGAACAAAUCACCUAGAUGGCAUGAGCAACUGCAAUGUUGGUGUCUAAACUUCAGGGGAAGGGUGACAGUUGCAUCGGUCAAGAAUUUUCAGCUGAUUGCUUCGACGCAGCCACCAUCAGCUGCUCCUGCACCAUCUACACAUUCUGAUAAUGAUAAAAUUAUUCUUCAGUUCGGCAAAGUUGGCAAGGAUAUGUUCACUAUGGACUAUAGAUAUCCUUUAUCUGCAUUUCAAGCUUUUGCUAUUUGCUUGACUAGCUUUGACACAAAACUUGCAUGUGAAUAAUCAACAAACAUGGUUUUAAAUUGCGGUUGCAGAUACUACAAAUUGCAGAUACUACAAACCUUUAUAUUGCAGGAAGAUGUGGCCUAAAUUGCAGCUAUGAUGCCAUUGUGGAGAUAUCCAAAUUUGCAAUGCGGACCAAAAUUUAAAACCAUGAUGACAAGUGACAUUAUUAAAAAUAUAGGAUUCAGUUUUUUUAUGUAUUGACAGGAUGGGGAAGCUGCAUGGAGUCAUUGCACACCUCAUAAUUUAACUGUAAAGUACAAAACAACAACCUGUGCUCAAUGUUUCUUUCUUCCUAUUUUUUUGUUUCUGUUGAACUUAUUUGUUGCUCAUAUGCUUCUUGAGCAAAGGUGGACUUGGAUAGUUGUUAUAUUAAGAUGUAAUGGAAAUUUAGUAGCCUUUAGAAUGUUUUUACCUAGUGUUAUCAAUGUUGACUUCUUUUGGAGAA